AUGCCUGCUUCAUUGCUCUUUCCUGUUGUCAAGGUUUCCCCACUCUUUGUUGAUACUGCCUAUGUUACUCGCCAUGACAAGUAUUCCGAUUCGUCGUUAUCUACUCAGGUCUACUAUACUGUUCAAGUGUGUCCAUCUAUUCAUGACAUCAAUGCCAGUGUCGAGAAUCAUCCAUUAAGCCAUCUCCAGUUGCCUGUUGCACCCACCACUCUAUACAAAAUACAGCGUCGUUUUGAGGACUUUGUCGGUUUCCACGGCUUACUCGCAAACCAUUUGAGCAAGAUGUCGUCAUAUGGAGCAUCUAUUGCCAAGUCCUUGCCACAACUGCCCCGCCGUCGUAUCUUUGUAUCUGCAUCUGUAUGUAAUGACAGAGUGGUGCUACUGGACCAGUACGUCAAACACAUUUUUAUGCUUCCCUCUAUCGCUACAUCUUCACCAGUUGUCUUGCAGUUCUUUGGAAUGUGGCAGAUGGACAUGAAUCCUCGCCAAUAUUCAGAGGAAGCCAAUGCCAUGGUAACCAAAAAAGCAUCUGCCAUUCAUUCGAAGCUGCCGCCCUUGAGGAAAUAUAUUACUGCUCGAAAUAGCAGUUAUUCUCUACCAAACACUGCAUCAGAUGCCUUGAAUGGUGCUCAUAAUAAUGCUACGGCAUUCCCAUCAGACACUGCUCGUAAUGCAUUUAAGCUCCCCGCGUCCAAUCUUAGUCUUCAAGCCACUCCAGUCGUAGAUAUCUAUAACUCCGACUCUUUUGCCCGUGCACAUUCUGAUUACUAUCCGACUGGAAAGAGCCAUCUAACUGCAUUUGAAAAUUACCAGCUUGCUUCCCCCCUGGUUACUGAUCAAAUGGACGAUUUUUUGGACGAGGACUGGCUUGAGCCAAUUAUGCAAAGACGUAUGUCGCAGCUUACUUUAGUUAAAAGUGUAACUGACCUUUCAUCUCAAGCACCGCACACUACCCACCAGGAUAGUGUCCAGUCUGUUCGUCUGUCCGAGAGCUAUGCCGAAUCUGAAAUUGAUGAUGUGCUUGACUCCUACUCACUUUCUCAAUCCCAGAUUGCUAGUUUAGCCGUAUCUGCCAAAUCUGGGCUAAAUUCUAUGCAAUACGGUGAAUCUAAACCUAAUCUGAAACUAUCAGAAAAACUGACUCAGCAAUCAUCUACUGGCUCUUCACACGAGUCCUAUAAAGAUUUUGUGACUAAUUUGGCUCGCAACUUGGGUAUUGACACACGCAACUCUAUUCUAGAUUCCAAUAAUUCUGUAAAUGAUCAAACAAUAUUAAAUACUUCAAUCGAAAAGAGGCCAGAGUUUUCAAUACUGGCUGGAGAACAGACUAGGUCGCCAUAUGUCAGCGGCACGUCCACGGCAGUAGAUCCCAACCAACCAUCCCUAUAUCUUUUGAUGACUAACUCUGUUAGUAAGUCUGCACCAAAACCCUCUUUAUCUGAUGGUCGAAAUGGCUUAUUUAGGACUGCAAGCCCAAGUAUUCCUUCGCGUGGAAAUUCCAAAUUCUGGAGGGAAGAGUCGACUCCAAUCGGACAGUUCAACUCCUUGCCAAACUCUGCACCAGUCAAUCUGCAAAGUCUUCCCUAUGAACCCAUUGUUGAGCGUAGGCGCAUUCCUGAUACUGAGUACGCUACAGUAGCUUCUCGAGAUAACUUGCCUACAUUAAAAGGACGAUCCAAGUCGCACGAUCAUAAUGGCUAUUUACUUCCAGCUUCCAAUUUUACCUACAACAAUGUUGCACCACAUCGUUCUCAGGAACAAUUACGCACACGACCAAGUCUUUCAGACGUCAUGUCGCCUAUUCCACGCUCUACAGAAAAUAUAGAGUCUCUGAAAAGUACACUGAAUCUUCUUCGUGAUCGGAAACCUACGUCUGAGGACAGUGCAUCAAUGUCCUAUACCAAAGACAAUUCACAGUCUUUUUCAUUCCAGCACUCUGCUCAAGAGCAGCUUGGAACCGCUCCAAUAUAUUCUGAACCAGCCGCGUCUCGAUCUGAUAAGAUUGUGUCUACAUUGAUUCGUAAUCUCUCUUUCAAGCGCACUAAUAUACUGGCAGAGAAUGCACUUGUUUCUGAGCCAGACUCUAUAAAUACUCAAAGAAACACUGCUCCAUGGAAUCGGGUUCCUGGUGCUGCUUUACCUGUUGCAUCCAACACGUCUUUUGCACUGCCAUCUUCAGUGGUUUCUGCUCAAGAACCACGGCAAGUUCGAGCGGGAACACUUCCAAGAAAGUCGUCUUUGCGUCGUAUUAUUUCUCGACAAAAUGUUGCUAAUCAAUCCACUCAGUCUGCUGAAGGUGUAGUUCCAGUUAAUGUUGCGUCCAGCAGUCUCAUCACUACUUUGGUUCGUAACUUGUCUAAAAAAAAGAAUAAGCGGUUUUCUUUUAACAACAGUGAUAGCACUGCUAUUCCCAAUAGCUCUGCAUCUGGUGACAUUGCUGCUACGUCAACCUCUACUACCCAGGAAACUGAUCCGUCUAUUGCUCCUUGGAACAGACUACAAACACCACCUCCUACAAUUGGUGGAACUCUUUUGCGUGGCCUGUCGAUUAAUCGUCGUAACAAAUCUGCCAAUGACAUCAAAACUUCUUAUACUGCUACUGCUCCAAAAGAAGAGCCUGUACCUAUUUCGUUUUCUAAUUCAUUUGAGACGAUUAAUGCUGAGAUUAAUGCGCGGCGUACCGAGGCAAAUCUGGAUACGAGUGAUUCUUUAGGCGUCCGUUCCAAAUAUCAGGAUGUUAGCCUUGCAGAAACCAAAGGUAAAACUAUCAAAUCCAAGGUCAGCUUUGGAAACGGACUAGCAUCUUCCAAUGCAGAUUAUGAUGACAUUUACCUGCCAGCAGAUUAUAACGUUUCGGCCAUUGCCAGAACUGCCCGAGCCAUUAUGGACUCUGAAAAAGGUGCUCUGUUUAAAAACAGACAAAUUGUUCCUAUUGCUUUUGAAACACAACUUCUUCAAACGAACAUGCGGUAUCGCACAGACAUAAUGCAGGACGCUCGUCGGAAGCCGAGUCUAAAAAGUACCAAGAUAAAUUCACCCAAACUUUUCCGAAGCCAUACUUUAUCAGCAGGUUCACCAGAAACCGAAGCGCAGCAUCAUUUUAUUUCCAUUCGAGCUAUUUCAGAUGCCUCGGUAGUCGUUUCUAUCAAAAUUUCACGAACGGUAGAUUUUGCUGCUGUGCUGGACAAACUAGCAAUGCGAUUUGCUACUCACGAAAAUAGCUUGGCAAGAUGGAAACGGUUUCCUGGACAUUUUGGAAAGCAGAUUGUAGCUAUAAAGAGCAUUACAUACAAAGAUGUUGAUGCGCACUUGAUUAAUAUCAAGGAUGAGGAAGAUUGGGUUGUGUGUUUGGAUGAAUCUAUUCAAAAAGAAAAACUAACGCUUCUUGUCCAGAUCGAAAGCAUAUACGAUACAGAACAGUAGAUCUUUUUCAAAUUUUUACUUGUUUACAUAUUAUAAUAAAUGACCAUCUAAAUUG